AUGGGUGUUGUGCUCAUGCAAGAUGGCAGACCAUUGACAUUUUUUAGUAAAGCACUGUCUCAUAGACAAUGGGGUUUAUCUACCUAUGAAAAGGAGUACAUGGCAUUUCUAGUUGUUGUAGAUAGAUGGAGACAUUAUUUGCAGGGUGCUCAUUUUGUGAUUAGAACUGAUCACCACAACCUUAAGUAUUUACUUGAGCAAAAAGUCACUAUAGCUCUGCAGCAAAAAGGAUUGGCUAAACUGGUGGGACUGAAAAAUGUGCUAUCAUCUGGUUUACUUCAACCUCUGCCAAUUUCUACUCAACCAUGGCAAGAUAUUGCUAUGGAUUUUCUUGAGAGGCAACCUAAAUCUGAGCACAAGGAUGUGAUUCUAGUGGUCAUAGACAUGUUGACUAAAUAUGGACAUAUUUUGGCUUUAAAGCGCCCUUACAGUGCCCAUGAUGUAGCUGCAUUGUUUCUCAAAGAAAUAUACAAGCUACAUGGACUUCCUAGUUCCAUUGUCACUGAUAGGGAUGCUGCUUUCAUUAGUCAGUUCUGGCAGCAAAUGUUCAAAGCUAUGGGUACUAAACUUAUCUGUUUACUUCUCACCAUCCACAAACAUAUGGUCAAACAAAGAGGCUCAAUAGGUGUCUUGAAACCUAUUUGA